AUGAGCAAAACUAGACGUGGUCCCUGGCCUUCGGUCCACACCUCCGAAGGAAGAACAACUAGAGCGCUGACACUGAAGGAUAUUUUAAAUGGGACAUUUUCAUAUAAAACGUUUUUUCCAAACUGGAUUUCAGGACAAGAAUAUCUUCAUCAAUCUCCAGAUAAUAAUAUAAUGCUUUAUAACAUUGAAACAGGAGAAUCAUAUGCCAUUUUGAGUAAUAGCACCAUGAAAAGUGUGAAUGCUUCAAAUUAUGGCUUAUCACCUGAUCGGCAAUUUGCAUAUCUAGAAAGUGAUUAUUCAAAGCUUUGGAGAUACUCUUACACAGCAACAUAUCACAUCUAUGACCUUAGGAAUGGAGAAUUUGUAAGAGGAAAUGAGCUUCCUCGUCCAAUUCAGUAUUUAUGCUGGUCGCCUGUUGGGAGUAAAUUAGCAUAUGUUUACCAAAGCAAUAUCUAUUUGAAACAAAGACCAGGAGAUCCACCUUUUCAAAUAACAUUUAAUGGAAGGGAAAAUAAAAUAUUUAAUGGAAUCCCAGACUGGGUUUAUGAAGAGGAAAUGCUUGCUACAAAAUAUGCUCUCUGGUGGUCUCCCAAUGGAAAAUUUUUGGCAUAUGCAGAAUUUAAUGAUACAGAUAUACCAGUGAUUGCCUAUUCCUAUUAUGGUGAGGAACAGUAUCCUAGGACAAUAAAUAUCCCAUACCCAAAGGCUGGGGCUAAAAAUCCUGUUGUUCGGAUAUUUAUUAUUGAUACCACUUACCCUGGGCAUGUAGGUCCCAUAGAAGUGCCAGUUCCAGUGAUGAUAGCCUCAAGUGAUUAUUAUUUCAGUUGGCUCACAUGGGUUACUGAUGAACGAAUAUGUUUGCAGUGGCUAAAAAGAGUCCAGAAUGUUUCAGUCUUGUCUAUAUGUGAUUUCAGGGAAGACUGGCUGACAUGGGAUUGUCCAAAGAACCAGGAGCAUGUAGAAGAAAGCAGAACUGGAUGGGCUGGUGGAUUCUUUGUUUCAACACCAGUUUUCAGCUAUGAUGCCAUUUCAUACUACAAAAUAUUUAGCGACAAGGAUGGCUACAAACAUAUUCACUAUAUCAAAGACACUGUGGAAAAUGCUAUUCAAAUUACAAGUGGCAAGUGGGAGGCCAUAAAUAUAUUCAGAGUAACACAGGAUUCACUGUUUUAUUCUAGCAAUGAAUUUGAAGGUUACCCUGGAAGAAGAAAUAUCUACAGAAUUAGCAUUGGAAGCUAUCCUCCAAGCAAGAAGUGUGUUACUUGCCAUCUAAGGAAAGAAAGGUGCCAAUAUUACACAGCAAGUUUCAGCGACUACGCCAAGUACUAUGCACUCGUCUGCUAUGAAAUUAAAAUCCUAGAAGAAAACAAGGAAUUGGAAGAUGCUUUGAAAAAUAUCCAGCUGCCUAAAGAGGAAAUUGAGAAACUUGAAGUGGAUGGAAUUACCUUAUGGUACAAGAUGAUUCUUCCUCCUCAAUUUGACAGAUCAAAGAAGUAUCCCUUGCUAAUUCAAGUGUAUGGUGGUCCUUGCAGUCAGAGUGUAAGGUCUGUAUUUGCUGUUAAUUGGAUAUCUUAUCUUGCAAGUAAGGAAGGGAUGGUAAUAGCCUUGGUGGAUGGUCGAGGAACAGCUUUUCAAGGUGAUAAACUCCUCUACGCAGUGUAUCGAAAGCUGGGUGUUUAUGAAGUUGAGGACCAGAUUACAGCUGUCAGAAAAUUCAUAGAAAUGGGUUUCAUUGAUGAAAAAAGAAUAGCCAUAUGGGGCUGGUCCUAUGGAGGUUAUGUUUCAUCACUGGCCCUUGCAUCUGGAACUGGUCUUUUCAAAUGUGGGAUAGCAGUGGCUCCGGUCUCCAGCUGGGAAUAUUACGCAUCUAUCUACACAGAGAGAUUCAUGGGUCUCCCAACAAAGGAUGAUAAUCUUGAGCACUAUAAAAAUUCAACUGUGAUGGCAAGAGCAGAAUAUUUCAGAAAUGUAGACUAUCUUCUCAUCCACGGAACAGCAGAUGAUAAUGUGCACUUUCAAAACUCAGCACAGAUUGCGAAAGCUCUGGUUAAUGCACAAGUGGAUUUCCAGGCAAUGUGGUACUCUGACCAGAACCAUGGCAUAUCCGGCCUGUCCACGAACCACUUAUACACCCACAUGACCCACUUCCUAAAGCAAUGUUUUUCUUUGUCAGACUAAAGUCGAUGCAGAUCCAAGCCUGUCUGACAAUCUGAAAACUUCAUAUAAAUGCCUCAGACCAUUUGCUUGUUUUACUUUCUAUGUUGUAAAAUGCUGGUAUAAACAAACAAAUGAAUGUUGUUCUAAAGGCUGGUAAAAAAUUAGGAGGACUCAGAAGUUCAAGUUGAAUAUUGUUUACAUUUUCUGGUACUCUGUGAAGGUAGAGAAAAAGAAGCCAUUCAUUUUGCUUUGGGCACUGACAGUGUUUUGUCAUUUGUUCGUUGGAGGAGAAAAAUAAAGUCAUAAGUUGAAGUGCUA